CCCGAGGCCCCGCCCGGUGGCAAUGCGGGCGGCCCGCCGCGCGGCCCGCGGCGGCGGGUGCCUCAUGGCCUGCGCGGGCCGCUGCCGUCGCUGCCGCCCGGCGUCGGCGGGCGCCCGCCGGGCGCGGCGGGCGCCCGCUGAGCGGCCGGGCGGCAGCGCGCUCAGGCGACGAGGCGCGACGCGAGGGCUCAGGCGCUCACGAGGAUGGCAUCCGGUGGGAGGCUGCUCUGGCCAUGCUGCGCGGCGCCAACGUGUGGCAGGCAGCAGAUGUCAAGGGUCCGAAGAGCACUCCUGCCACUGCCAUGAGACACAGUAGGACGCCGAGGCCCUCGCCAUCCACCUGCUGAACGACAUGCGCGAGUGCGCGCUGGAGCGGCACGGCUACAAUUUUGGCGGGGUGAUCAGCGCGUGCAAGAAGGCGAGCCACUGGGGGCUCACGACCCUGCUGCUGGAGGACGCCCGCUUCGCCUGGCAGGGCAAGGUGGACGACCGCAAGGGCGGGGCCGGCACCGGCCUCUCGGCCUCGUUCGUCGACGACGACGAGGAAGUGGGCGACAGCGGGAUGGAUGGCCCGGCGGGCCCAAUCAAAGUCGAGGUCAUCAAGCAGGCGCCCGGGCUGAUCGCCGUUCUGAAGCCGCCGGGCGUCACCAGCGUCGACCUCCUCAUGCGCCUGCAGGAGUACCUGGCGGUCCAGGGGCAGCCGAGCCCCAUCACCUGCAUCUCGCGCCUGGACAUCGGCACUUCGGGCACCCUGGUGGCCGCGCUCGGCGGGGACGGCUCCAUGGCGGCUCACGUCUCGCGGACGCAGUUUGCGGGGCGCAUGGUAUCCAAGGAGUACCUCGCCCUGUGCACGGGCCGGCCGCUGGGCCCCGUGGGCUACUGCGGAGAAGCGGGGGCCCGGCUCCACAUCGAGUCCAUCUCCGGCGGCGCGCAGUCGAAGGCGUUCGCGUCCCAGGAGCGCGGCAAGGAGGCGCGCACCCGCCUGGAGGUGCUCGCCCACUACGAGAUGGAGGGCAGCCUCCCCAUCUCGCUGGUCCGCUGCAGGCCGGUGACGGGCCGGACGCACCAGAUCCGCGCGCACAUGGCGUACAUCGGCCGCCCACUGGUGUCGGACCCCAUGUACUCGGCCUGCGAGGGCCCAGGCGAUCGCAGCUUCCCGCGUGUCUUCUUGCACUGCCGCCGCCUGGUGAUGCGCGACGUCAACGGCAGCCCAUUCACGGCCACUGCCCCUCUUCCAGCCGACCUUUCUGAGCCGCUGGUGUGGCUCAAGCCUAUCCCUUUCGAGUCUACGGUAUGAGCAGGAGAAACAGUUCCGCAGCGUUGGCGCGCUCUUCGCAUCGCCCCCUCCUUGCCACGCGCUCCCCUCCACCUCCGCGUAUUCCCCCCCCCCUCUCCCCCUGUCUGAGGCCGCUGGUCUGGCUCGCGACUGUCCCCUGUCGACUUCCACUGUGCGAGUGCUUCGUUCAACCAUGCCCCUCGGUAUGUGAAAAAAAGCGUGCGUUUCAGAGCAUCGGGC